AUGCAAAAAAGCUCGCAGCAGCGAUCCCUGCUCUUCGCCGCGCUCGCCGCCGCGCUCGCCAUCAGCGUGAGCGAGGCCCAGCUGCCGAAAAAGGGCAACCGCGGCAACCGCUGCGCUUCGUGGUGCCGCUCGCCACGCGACCACUGCCCAAAGGAGCUCUGCGCCGGCUGCGUCGCCCUAUGCGCCCAGUACCGCGAGGACAUCACCCACCCGUGCCCCGCGGUGGCGAAAUGGGACACGGCGUACGAGACGUGCCUCGACUGGUGCCGCCCUCUGGAGGAGUCGUCGCACUGCGGCAAGUGCUCGUGCAAGGCGUGCCCGAGUUGUCGCGGCGGCGGCGGCGGCUCCGCCCAGAAGCCCGCCGCCGCGCCCGUGGCAACGCCCACACGUAGCGCCGCGCCCGCCGCCGCGCCGGCCGCUGCAUCCGGUAGCGCGGCGCCGGCCCAGGCCGUCCUCGUCCGAGGGGUUCUCGCCCGGGGGAGCGAGUGCGAGCCGAACGACAGCUCCGACGUCGCGACCGCGCAGUGUGAGCUCGACUGCUCCCUGAGCCGCUGCCAGCAGUGCCGCUGCGCGAGCUGUCCCUUCUGCGCCGCCGGACCGGCCGCCCCGUCCACCGCUCCGAUCCAGUGUGCGCCGCUGGACAACGCCGACACGACCGUGCAGCAGUGCGCCGCAAUGUGCCAGCCCGAGCACGCGUCAAACUACUGCAAGCGCUGCCAGUGCGGCGCGUGCGCCUUCUGCGGGGGCAGCCUCGCGCCUCCACCUCCGCCGCCGCCCGCCGCCGCCGCCCACGCGCCGCUGCUCCGCCCUCCGCCGCCGCCUCCGGAAGAGAGCCGCGUGGGCUACUCGCAGCCCGAGGCGGGAAACCUGCUGGGGCGGUCGCGGCUCGGAGACGGCGCGUCGGUGGCGUGGCGGCGCGCGUGCGAGCAGCAGGUGAACGAGAAUUGCGCCAGGCUGGGGCUAGCGGGCGUCCUUUCCCCUCGGCAGCAGCUGCGGCCGGCGGGCGAUGCGCGCGGCGCAGCCUCGAACUCGCUGCCGGGUGCUCUUGAGGCCGGUGCGGCUCCGCCUCCGCCUCCGCUGCCGGUCACCGCGUACAGCGGCGCGUAUGUGGACCGGCUCCACGCCGCCGCCGCGUCGUCGCACCGGCUCGGUACGAUGGGCGCGGGCGCAACGGUCGCGGCCGGCGCCAUGUGCGCUGCGGCGAUCUGCUGCGUCUCGAGGCGGCGGCGCUCGGCGAGCCGGCGGAGGGGGCGAGGCAGGUCGCGGCGGGCGGCCGAGGAGGAGUACAAGACUCCCGGCGAGGGGCUGUACGAGGUGUCUGGUUGGGCCGAGGCGGCGGAGGAGAAGGACGCAAGCGUCCUGUGGGUGGACGACGACGGCCGGCGGGAGCGGGAGCGGCGGCGCAGGAAGAAGAAGAAGGACCGAUACGGCGGCGGCGGCGGCGGGGAGGGGGAGGAGGGCGCGUCGUUGGCGUCAUACAAGACGGCGUGCGACAGCUCGCGCGAGCAGGUGCGGCGGUGGGGCGUCGACCAAGGGGUACCAUUCCACUCGACGGCGCUGCAGAUGGCGAUGGAGGUGUCCCUGGACCGGAGGAGCGCGGCGGGCGGUGCGAAGCGGUUCGGGGAGGGAUCGGAGGAGGACGAGCUCGACUAG